UGAACGGCCAAGACGCAGAGGCAAUGUCUUGCAUGCGAAACGUUGUGGAGAUAGAGGGUGGCGGGGGCUACGAGCCCCGUACUCUCCCAGACCAAGGUCUGGCCUGGGCCAAGGCCUGGAAGGGGCCGGAGCACGUGUACUUUGGACACGACGCGAAGCGAGGGUUUCAGAAAGAGGCGUUUGCCACCGGUCUAGACACCGGUUGCGUUUACGGGCGGUCGCUGACGGCUGUCGUGUUGCCCGGGCGAAGGGUCGUGUGCGUCCCAGCGGAGGCCAUGUGGUCCGCCCCUGGUGGAGGAAAUGGCAAGAAGAAGGCGGGGAGUGACUGACAUGAACACGGUUCGCGUGGAGAUUUGAUUUGGAUGCAUCGCUUGUGUCGUUUAUGCUUUUCAUUUUACAAGGAGCUUUGGCUGGUGCUUGCGGUUGCUUGUGUCUCUACCUGACAGUCUGCCAUUUUUCUGCUGUAGAUGGACGCGUUGCUAUAGAUUCAGCUGUAGAAAGUGGUAUUCGUGAACCGAAUGAGUUGCUUGUGGGGUUCGAGAAACUUUUUCGCUUCGAGGUGUGGAAAGCAUAAUGGGACCGCUUUGGUGUCUCCAAUGGAUCGUCAAAACGUU